UGGACCCUGGCACACUGCGCCAUGGAGAGACGGUAAUUAUCGCCCUGGUAACCGUCUCCGUGCUGGCUGUGGUCGCUGUAGCAGUCUUCUUUGGUUACCGCAUGAUGCACGGAGAUGGUAAACAAGGCCUGCACAAUCUGAAUAUGAUGGAAGCUGCUGGCUCCGAGAGCUCUCUGGACCUCGACAAUCUCAAACUGCUGGAGCUGGUCGGGCGUGGCAGAUAUGGCACCGUGUACUGUGGCUCUCUGGACGAGCGGCCCGUCGCUGUGAAGGUGUUUACCGCAGCCAAUCGGCAGAACUUCAUCAACGAAUGCUCCAUCUACCGCCUGCCCCUGCUGGAGCACGACAACAUCGCUCGGUUUGUUGCUGCCGAUGAGCGGACGGGCCCUGAAGGACGUACGGAGUACCUGUUGGUGCUGGACUACUAUCCACAUGGGGCUCUGAGCCGCUACCUGGGCAUCCAGACCAACGACUGGAUCAGCAGCUGCCGGCUGGCUCACUCGGUCACCCGGGGCCUGGCGUACCUGCACACGGAGCUCUACAAAGGAGACUUGUACAAGCCUGCCGUUUCCCACAGAGACCUGAACAGCCGCAACGUUCUGGUCAAAACGGACGGCACGUGCGUCAUCGUUGAUUUCGGCCUGUCCAUGAAGCUGACGGGGAACAGGCCGACGCGCCACGGAGAGGACGAAAACGCUGCCAUAAGCGAGGUGGGCACAGUUCGCUACAUGGCUCCAGAGGUCCUGGAAGGUGCGGUGAACCUGAGGGACUGUGAAUCGGCGCUGAAGCAGGUGGACAUGUAUGCCCUGGGCCUGAUCUACUGGGAGAUCUUUAUGAGAUGUACCGACCUUUUCCCAGGAGAGUCUGUGCCAGAGUACCAGAUGGCCUUCCAGGCCGAGGCAGGGAACCACCCGACGUUUGAGGACAUGCAGGUCCUGGUGUCCAGAGAGAAGCAAAGGCCCAAAUUCCCCGAGGCCUGGAAGGAGAACAGCCUGGCCGUCCGCUCCCUCAAGGAGACGAUGGAGGACUGCUGGGACCAGGACGCCGAGGCUCGCCUCACUGCUCAGUGCGCUGAGGAGCGCCUCGCCGAGCUGCUGCUCAUAUGGGACCGCUCCAAGUCCGUCAGUCCGACGCUGAACCCCAUGUCCACCACUCUGCACAACGAGAGGAAUCGUAUGACCCCAAAAUCUGGUCCGUACACCGACCACCCCUCCAGCUACAUUGAAGAGCACGAGGGUGUAGUUAAGAACAUGCAGGUGGACUCCAGCAGCUCCACCACCAGCAGAGCCGGGGCCGGAACCGGAGAGAGGAACAGGAAUUCCAUCAACCAGGAGCGCCAGCAGCAAGCCAACGCCCGUCUGCCGAGCCCAGAGGGCAGCAGCACCAGCGUGGGCCUGCGGGGCAGCCCCUCAACCUCCACCACCACCGUCAUCUCCGAGUCUGAGGGGCCCGCGGGAGCCAGCACAGUCCCCGUCUGCCUACAUCUGACGCAGGAGGAUCUGGAAACCACCAAGCUGGAUCCUAAAGAGGUGGACAAGAACCUGAAGGAGAGCUCUGACGAAAACCUAAUGGAGCACUCCCAGAAGCAGUUCUGCUCCCCGGACCCACUGAGCCCCGGCAAUUCCAGCCUGCUGUACCCCCUCAUCAAGAUGGCCAGUGAAGCCUCGGGAUCGUCGGAGCCCCCUGCGACCAUGCCCGCCGCCAUCUUCCCCCUGCCCAAGCAGCAGAACCUGCCAAAGAGGCCGUCCAGUCUGCCCCUGCGGAACAAGCCCGCCAAGAAGGAGUCCUCCUCGCUCAGGUUCAAGUUCGGACGCUCGGGGAAGUCCAACUUGAGGCAGGUGGAGGGAACAAAGAUCAACACGGGUGCGGUGGCUGGCACAAACACUGUCGAGGCGCACGCGGGCACCAACAACGUACCCGUGCUGCGAGAGGUGCACGUCAACGGCGGCAUCAACGGAGUCGUCAACGGAGCCGUCAACAGAGCCGUCAACGGCCACGCCGGCGGAGGCAUGGCAACGAUGGCGGCGGGGGGCAACGGACUGACUCAGAACGGAUCGGCGGCCCUGAGGUCCGACGACAGCCGGCUCAGCCUCGGCGUGAUCACAGCCAGCCCCGACGAGCACGAGCCGCUUCUGAGCCGAGAGCGAGAGCCGCCCGACUCGAGGGACGGGUCCUCGAGCGCGAGCGCCCUGCGCUCGGCCCGGCCCAACACCAACAACAACAACAGCAACACCGGGCGCGGCCAGGGGGAGGGCGGCAGCGGCGGGGAGAGCGACGCCGGAGAGGAGGAGGGCACUGCGGAGGGAGGGAGCAGGGAGACUAUGGGAGGCGAAAGCGCCGGGUCGGGGUCCACUGCAGCAGACCCCCCAAGGGAGGCUACGGUCAUCAUGAGAGGAGAAGCUCUACUCAGGCAGCCCAGGACUCGCCGUCCGGAGAGACCCAACUCCCUGGACCUGUCCUUCACCACACAGGACCUGACCUCUCUAGGGGGGGGCGUGGCGCCGCCUGACGGAGCCUUGGGGACAGCGGAUAAAAUCAAGAAGCGGGUGAAAACGCCGUACUCCCUGAAGAAGUGGCGACCCACCACGUGGGUCAUCUCCACGGACGCCCGGGGGCCCGAAGUCAACAACAACAACGGGUCCACCCGGGCUCACAAUCAGAACGGACCCAAGUCCAGCUCGGCCAUCUAUCUGCAGGGCGGGGGCGGCGACACGCAGGUGUGAACCGGACCAGACAGAAACCCCUCGCCCGUCGGUUCUGAUGUGUACAGCGAUUAGGUCCGUCCCUCCCGGCAUUGCUUUAAAUGGAAUCCAGCUAUGCAGCUUCUUCUUCUUCGUUUUUCUUAAUCUGUUCGUUUCAUCGUGAGCUUAGAAAUGUUUGUUUUUUUUACUUCUUACGUGCACUUUGAACCCAUUCGAAUCAGUGUUUCCAAGUCCCGUCUGUUGCGACCGUAACAAAAAGUGGUCUCUAAACUUUAAAAAAAAAAAAAAGGCGAUUAAAAACAAUCAACACUAAGAGCGAGACCGAGCUCUGUAAACAAAUAACGUCUUAAAGACAGAACAAGCUACUUUUUAUUGUUUUGAUCCUUGAUUUGUAUGCAAUACCAUUGUCUUGAACAUGUAUCCUUUUUUUAAUGUAUCAUACUUUUUAAAUUGUGCAAUAGGAUGUAGGUUUUUUUUUUUAAGCUUUUUUUUUUAUCUUUAGCUUUUGUUAAUCUUCGUUGCACUUAACUGUCACAAUCGUUUUCGUAAAACACUUCUUCACCUCCCGAGAGAAGAAUACGGACGACAAUCCUCUCCUUCGACUCCGGGCCGUCUUUAGGGGGGACACGAACACUUGAUCCGUUCCUGGUUGGUGGAUUAUCUCGGCUCGCGCUGCAUCGCAACAAACUGAGCCGGGUUUUUAUCGCUACAAUCACCCGAAUCCCGUACGGAGCGAUCUGUUACAGCGGCUGCACCUCACUGUGGACGGAACACUACAAAACACUUUGUAUCCAUCAUCAAACUUUAAAAAGAAAAGGAGAAAUAAAAACUCUGAAGCACGCUGGAUAUUAUUUCUGCUUCUCACCUUCAUCCCGUGACGUCCGAGCGACUGAGUCACCCGUAUGUAUGUACGUGUUUUUUUCUUUAUACGUCGUUGGACUUCGAGAAAGUCUAGGCGUAGCGCUGUACAUGUGUGCUAAAACAUCGUUCUUAUUCCGUUUUGUCAGAGCUGCUCCAGGGCACAUGGCGAGAUCUCAUUUAUGUUUUUGUAAUCUGUACUUUGUAUUAAAAAAAACAAAAAAAACGUGUAUUGCAUUAAUAUUUGCAUAAUUUUUAUGGAGCUCUUGUGCAUUCAGUGGACACGACCUUCGAUUCCAUUGCUAUGCGUCUGCUCGGUACAGUUUCUGUAAACAUUUUCACCUCAUUAUGGCAGAAAAUAUCAAUAAAUAUAUGAAAUA